GAAAGUCAACCGAAUGAGGGAAUAGCGAAUGUGCUAUAGUUAUUGUUUAUAGCCGGUGGAGGUUAUAUAUUAAUAUUUUGAUUUGGCUUGAGGUUUUUGGAGCCACAAAAGUCAAUAUACAUUUUAAUCGCAAGCAAGCUACUUAAUUACGUUGAUAAUGGCGUCGGGAUUGGAAAGCUAUGUGAAUCAUAUGGUUUCUAUUAUCACGUCGGACGGCAGGAACUUUGUUGGCACAUUGAAAGGUUUCGAUCAGACCAUCAAUAUAAUCCUGGACGAGUCGCACGAGCGAGUUUACAGCACGACGCAAGGAGUGGAACAAGUUGUCUUGGGUUUGCACAUCAUCAGAGGAGACAACGUAGCGAUAGUGGGAGAAAUAGACGACGAAGUCGAUGCGCGAUUGGAUUUUUCAUCGAUACGAGCCGAUCCUCUAAGUUCUAUUCUACACUGAUCGCGCGUAGGAAGAAGAUAUGACCUGACAUGGGAUGACAAUUCAGUCAAACGCGACUGCUCGCUCACUUUUUUAUUCAAAAUGUAAACUAAACGUGUGAUUCUGUGUCUCUCAGAGAGAGAGAGAGAGAGACAGAGACAGAGAGAGAGAGAAAGAGAAAGAGAGAGAGUAAAAGGAUACAAUUUGUUUUUGUAGAAUGUAUAUUGUACAAAAACUCUUCCCUCUUCUUCGUAUAUAGACAAAGUUUUCGUUAUAUAUAUAUAUAAUAUAUAAUAUAUAUAAUAUAUAUAUAUAUAAUUCUAUAUUUUCUUAUAUAAAAUGCGCAAAUUAAUACAACCAAGAUAUUUACAUCAUUGAAACGAAUUGCUGAGAGCUCGCGCGUAUGUGUGUGUGUGUGAAAAUCAAACCCACGUCUCACAUGUGUGUACGACAGUCAGCUCGUGUAUGUUAAUAUAGCAAAUUUUGUAUCUUAUAUAAAUGUAACUUCGUAAUUGUGAUUCAUUAGUUGAUAACAAGUAUGAUGUAUAAGUGAAAAUAAUGAAAAUACAAUCGCAACGUAAAAAAAUUUAUAACAGCUAAUGUUUAAAUAAUUCCGUUUUCUUCUGAAUUCUAUGAACGUACCUACUUGUGAUACAUUAUCCGACCGUGUGUGUGCGCCAAAAGAGAUCUUACAUGUAUAUUAUCUUUUUUCUUAAUUAAUCAAGAGCAAUAGAAAACAUUCUCGCCAUUACGCGCAAACGCGUAAUAGCUUUUACAAAAAUCGUAAUGUUAAAUUUUCUUUCUUACAAAAUAUUGCAUCCCCCAUAUGUUUCUCAGAGUUUUUCCAUAUUAAAUGUUUACUACGUUACUUUCUUCCCCCCAACGUUUUCUCGCGGCACGCGGAUCGCGCGUAUACGGAUUUACAAAUUAACAGGGAAGUUUGUUUGUAAGAGAGAGAGAGAGUGACAAAGAGAAAUAGAGAGGAGAUAGAGAGAAGAGACAACAAGUAUCUCGAGAAACGCAAGGCGGUGUGUAAACACCGUGGAAGACAACAAAGCUACCAAUUGUCGAUCGUUUCUGUAAAUAAUAUCAUCUACUUGGUUCUCGAUUGUUACGUUACCGUGGAGCGAAUUAUGCACCCAAAAGUGUCUUUUUUUUUUUUUUCGUUUUCCAUUGGACUACAUUUUAUUUCUUUUAUUAUUAAACGCGAGGAUACA